AUGCAAAUGCUCGAGUACCUAGAAUGUCUACCACAUGAAAAUGGGUGAGUGGGUUUGGUCAACAUAGAGAAUGUAUCUCCUACCCUCGAACAGGGUUAAAUAGCAAAGUUGGCAUGUGCGUGCAAGCCCUUCUUCCGAACAAGAUGGCUCGGCGGUUUCCCUUACCAGUACCUAGAAUGUCAACCACGUGA